CGGAAAACAUACUACUCUAAAAAAGUCGAUCCAAUCCAAUCGCUUCCAUCAUGCCCUCCUGAAACCCUAACCUCUGCCUCUGCAACAUCGGGGUUGGCUGCGGUGGCAAUCGAAUCCUCACUACGGUACUUUUCUCGAUUGAUUCUCACACCUUCUGCUGCAAGAUGGCGGGCGUGCACGAGAGUUCGGACGGCGGCCAUCGAAUCGGCACGACGGUGUCCGGCAUGGUCACGUAUCCGGAGAACGAACAGGUGUCGGGCGCGGUCAAGUAUCCGGAGAAGGAACAGAUGCCGGUCGUGGUCAAGAAUCCGGAGGAGGGUCAGGUCUCCCAAUUUUUUAAGGACAUAUAUGAGACUGAUCAAUAUAUUGUCAACCUCAAGAAUCGUUUUCCCCUCGAUACGGAGGACUCUGACUUGCAUAACCGUCUGAUAAUUCAUGAUAUCAUCGAGAAGAUGGGCCGUAAGCUCAUCCAUGAGGUCAGGCGUAGGUACGGUGAUCCGAUCAUAGAUCCGAUCAGCCAGGCUGGCACCUUCAGUGAUAUGGUGGAAAGCAUGGGUAAGUUUACACUUGAUGAACUGCACAAGAAAACAGUUGAGGAGCUCAUGGUCGAAGAUCCCAAGAGGAAGGUUCGUGUCCCUAGCAGAUUCUGCAGCUUCCACCUGGCCGGAUUCGACCUUGAUGAUGAGUCUACUGCUCAACUUGGGCCACCGUAUGAACCCUCAUUGUCAUCCCCAAGGACGGGGUUGACUAAUUAUGUUACAGCAGAUGCACAUUAUAAGCUGGCGAAUUAUUGCACCGACGUUGUUUCCAUUAGGGUUAUCAAAGCUGGUCCUCGGUACAGAUACCCGGUCAAGGUGUAUGGGAAAGUUAUCGCCAGGGAUCAGAUUGACUACGAAUGUGUCUAUCUGUUCAAUCGUGAAAGAAAGGAUGCCCAGACUAUCACUUCAGAGAUGGAUAUGUUAGCUCUGACAGGUCCAUUCCGAGCAUUGGUUACAUUAGGUUUUAUGUAUUUCGAGUUCGAUUUAAAGGUCAAUGACGAGGAUGACCCUGACAACGAGGUGCAGUUUAGCAAAGGUGUAAUCCCGUAUUAUUGCAAAGCAGAUCGCGAGCGCAUCAUCUUGCAGCUACCUAGUUUCCAGAGUACGGUGAAAUUGGUAUUGCAACAUGUGGACCUUCCGGUGGCAGCUAGCAUUGAAGUCUGUGUUGUGAAACAAGGGCACAAUGACCCUCUUGUCCACUUCAAUGGUAAAAUAACUGCUGGGACCACUAGAAGUUAUAGGCAGCAUACAGUUCUAUAUGAUAGCAGUGUGCCCUCGAGCAAGGGUUUGUUGAGAGAAAAUGGCGCUCUUGCGCUAAAUCGUAAUCUGGUAGCCGUCAAAGGGCAUGUACGAGACCCUGCGCUUAAGGAAGGUGAAAAACUGGUGCUCUAUGUUUGUUUUCUUGAUGCUGAUUGUGAGAUCGAGGAUGAGGAUGAGGAUUACCCCGAGCCUGAGGAUGAUGAUGAUGAUGAUGAUGAGGAAGAGGAAGAAGAAGAGGAAGAGGAUGAUGAUGAGGAAGGGGAAGAGGAAGAGGAAGAGGAAGAGGAUGUCUCUAAGGUUGUUGCUCUACAAUGUCCUCUACGGGAGGCUGUUUGUGAGUACCAUGGUCGCAAACUGGAAGUGAAGGUAAAUUGGACUGCCAUUCUUGCUAUCCCGAAGGAUACUGAUUUCUUCGAGAGGCAUGCUUGUCUUCCAGCUGGUUGCUCGUUUGAUUAUCGAUGGGGUCAUGUCUUUGAGUGAGAAUGACUGUAAUUUCUAGUGUUAGAGUAUAUCACGUCUAGGCUAUAUUAGGUAGUUUAAGAUUGUACUCCAAUUCUAUCUCUACUAGGCUUCUUGCCCUCCAAGUCUCUAGUACUAUAUAAACAGCCCAAGAGACUCAAUGUAAUUAUCAAUUACCGCAUA